AUGGAAAACACAGAGAUAAAGAUAGCCAGGUUUUCUAGUUGUCGCGGGGUAGCCUUUGAAAUCAAUCCUAAUAGAAGGAAUCCUUUUGCAAUUGUAUCACCAACAAAGCAUGAACAAAUUAGAACUUGGCUUUGGCUUCCAUGGACUCGAACAAAUUCAUUCAAAGUUCUUCCUCAGCCUCAAACAAUCAGUCCAACAAGGAGCAGGGGCAGCAGCCACUUCUGUGACAUUGACAUUGAUGCUAGUGAUGUUGAGCUUGAGUUCAUAGCUGAACUUCAAGAUAUAGAAAAAUCAGACAAAACUAAUGGUGUUAAGGUGCAGAAGCUGCUUUCAAGAACUGAUCCACCAAAGAGGUCAAGGCUGUCCAUAAUUCUGCUGGAUCAAGGGUUCACAUUCUACAAAGGGCUAUUUAUGGUUUGCAUGGCCUUGAAUUUGGUGGCGUUGGCUCUUUCAACAGCAGGGUAUUUCCCUUAUGCCAAGACAAGAGCUACACUGUUCUCUAUUGGGAACAUUCUGGCUCUAACACUGUGUAGAAGUGAAGCAGUUUUGAGAGUUGUUUUCUGGUUGGCUGUGAAGAUCAUUGGGAGGCCUUGUGUUUCUCUUGGAAUCAAAACUGCCACCACUUCGUUCCUUCAAAGUGUUGGAGGAAUCCAUAGUGGUUGUGGAGUUUCUUCUAUGGCCUGGAUUGUUUAUUCCCUAGUUCUUACUUUGAAAAACAAAGACAAAACUUCCCCAGAGAUUAUUGGAGUUGCUUUCACCAUCUUCUCACUCAUUCUACUCUCUUCCCUAGUCUGGCUAUUCAUUUUCCUCUCCAAAAGCUAUGAACCUAGCUCACAAACCUAUGACUUGACCAUGUCUCAGGUGGUCAAGAAGCAAGAGUUCUGGUUCACUUUAGUUAUCACAAUUCUCAUCAUCAUUCCUUGGCUGAGUGUAAGAAAGGUGCAAGUUUGUGUAUCAGCUCCAUCGAGCCACGCCUCAAUCAUCAGGUUUGAAGGGGGUGUCAAAGCAGGUUUACUAGGUAGAGUGAGUCCUUCACCCUUGUCAGAAUGGCAUGCCUUUGGGAUCAUAUCUGAUGGAAAGAAAGAGCACAUGAUGCUUGCUGGAGCAGUUGGUGACUUCACGAAGUCUUUGGUUAGUACCCCACCAAAGCAUCUUUGGGUCCGAACCAUGCAUUUUGCAGGCUUGCCUUACCUAGUAAAUUUGUAUCAAAGGGUGUUGUUGGUUCCACGGGAUCAGGGAUUUGUGUGUUCUUAUCAUUUCUUUUGCAGCCUAGUAAAGCUGAUGUAAUUGGUCAAAAAAUACCCGAAAGAGAAAGUUAUGGUUCAUGACACAGCACUUUCUGGUCGUCCCAAUGUAGCUGAGAUGACCGUGGAUGCUGCCGUUAGGUGGAAUGUCGAAGUUGUUAUUGUUACAAGCAACCCUGAAGGCAGUAGAGACGUCCUUAGGGCAUGCAAGAGGGCUAACAUCCCUGCCUUUGGCCCCAUUUGGGACUCUUGA